UUGUCUCGUUCCAGAGGUGGGCCUGUGCUAGACAGACCCAACAAUCAGAAAUCACUGAGAGCCUGUCCACUGUAUGAAAUGUAAAUGUGAUACUAACAUGUCUCCUGUUAGAAAGAUGUGUUCUGUUGUUAAUAAUGAAGUCAUGUUGAGUUGUGCUGAGUUUGAAUCAGUGAAUAGUUGUUUGCUGCCAUCUUUUUCUUGUGUGUCUGCUGUCUCUGAUCUCUCUGUUUGAUCUUCUCUGAUGUCUCCAGACUCUGUCAGGCUGCUGAAUGGUUCCAGUCUGUGUUCAGGCAGACUGGAAGUGAAGUCUAACCAGAGAUGGUCCUCAGUGUGUGAAGCUGACUUUGACCAGCAGGAUGCAGAGGUGGUCUGUAGGGAGCUCGGCUGUGGGCCUCCUUCAGUCCUCCAGGGGGCGCUCUAUGGAGAAGUGGAGGCUCCAGUGUGGAGCAAAGAGUUCCAGUGUGGAGGCCAUGAGUCUGCUCUCCUGGACUGUAGAAGCUCAGGCUCAGCUAGAAACAGCUGCUCACCUGGCAAAGCUGUUGGACUCACCUGCUCAGAGUCUGUCAGGUUGGUGGGAGGAGUCAGUCGCUGUGCAGGUAUACUGGAAGUGAAACUGGGAGAUUGGAAACCAGUCUUUGUCCCCAACUGGACCCUGAAGGAGGCAGCUGUUAUCUGUGAACAUCUGGACUGUGGUUCUGCUGUUUCUUUGAGAAUGAUAACAAAGUCCUUAGCCAGACUUCCAACAAAGAUCAAACCUGAGUGUGUCCGGUCUUUCUCUGCUCUAAGGGAGUGUGUAACAUCAGUUUAUUCUCUCAACAUCCUUGAUUUCACCUGUUCAGGCCAGCAGGAGGCAGAGCUCGAGCAGACGGAAACACACUGAGCUGGUUUACUCCAACCUCGGUGUUUGUGUGCAUGAAGGAGAGAUGGCUGAAGUGAAAGGAACUAAAGGAGCAGAAGACGACCUCAUCUUACAUCCACAUGAAUUUCCCAUCAUAGACAGCUAAACAUCAGCUCAGUCAAACUCAGUUUUCUACCAAAGACACAAAUCUGUAAACAUACUGGAGUAACAAAUUCGUUACAAAUGAGACCAUCAGUAUGUGAAUGUGAAUCAAAGAAUUGUCACUGAAAAAUAUUCAAAAGUUUCAUGUAUAAGUUGAUUUUGUAAGUUGAGCUAAAAUAUUGCACAGCUGAAGUAACCGUGGAACGUGGAUCAUUUAUAGAGCCGUGACUAUCAUCAUGUUUCUAAGUGCUUUGGCUGAUUUUAGUAGCUUACAAACACAAAGGAAGCAUUAACUUCUAUAACAGCUUUAGAUUUAACUUUUACAGUUUUAAGUGUGAUUUUCAUGAAUGAAGCUCAGCCAAGCCAUCACAGGCCAAGGCUGCUUAUUUUUCCAUAAUUACGCAAAACAAGAUGUUUGAGUACAAUAUGAACCAGACUUCAUAAAUCAUUACAAAUAAACAUA